AUGAAUCAAAGCGAUUUAUAUCGUUUUGCUGUGUUGAACAACUGGCGGAAGGAACGGGAAAAAUAUCCCAGACCUAAUCCUUAUGAGGAUGGGAGCGAAUUCGAUGAGGAUGAAUUUGAUUUAGAUGAGGAUGAAUUUGAUUUACAUGAGACUGGUAUUGACCAAGUCUUUGAUAGUGAGGAUGAUGGGAAAAAGCUGACAGUGGCAGCUAAUGAUGUGUUUAAUGAUAAUGAUGACUAUGAGUCUGAAAGUGACGAAGAAUGUAUGAUGGAAUUAGAGGCUGAAUUGCCAAUGUUUGAUGAGGAGGAUGAAAGUGAUGAUGAAUUUGAUGAUGAUGAGGUUGUUGAGAAGGGAGUUGUUGUUGAUGGAGAAGUGUUUGAUUGUGAAGUCGUAGGUGAAGUAGUAGUUGAAGAAAAAGUUGAAGAUGACUUCACAAGUGAUGCACGUGUUUAUCCAACUUACCUAUUUACUGAGGAAAUGAUAGCGAGAUUGUACAAGUUGGAUACAGUGCAUGAAAAAGAUUCUAUCGCAUAUGGAAUUCCGGACAUAAGAUUGGAAAAACACGAUGGUUUCUUCAUAAGAGAGAAAAUACAUUAUUAUGAUAUCAGUGAUAUUGAUCUUAACAUCAUCGAACAUGUUGAAAAGAAAAUUGAGAAAAAAGGAUGCUUCAGUUUUUUCUCCAGAAUUUUCAACAGAUUUUUCAAAAAAUAA